AUGCCUGGCGAGAUGAGCGCCAGCCCAGCAGGAGGAAAGGGCGAAAUGAACAACAACACCCUCCGCCCCGUCACAGUCAAGCAAAUCCUCGACGCCUCGCAGCCCUUCCCCGAAGCCUCCUUCCAGAUCGACGGCGCCGACACCUCCAGCAUCGUCUUCAUCGGCCAAGUCCGCAACAUCAGCUCGCAGACCACAAACGUAACCUACAAGAUCGACGACGGCACAGGCGAGAUCGAAGCAAAGCAGUGGAUCGACUCCGCUACAGCCGACACAAUGGACACCGACGACGGAAAGGGCCCCGGCGUGCCGGGAAAGGACCAGAUCGAGCUGAACGGCUACGCGAAGGUCUUCGGCAAGCUCAAGACGUUCGGUAAUAAGCGCUUUGUGGGCGCGCACUGUGUGCGUCCCGUUAAGAACAUCAACGAGCUGCACUGUCAUCUGCUCGAGGCUACGGCCGUGCAUCUGUUUUUCACCCGUGGCCCGCCGGGUGGUGCCGCCGGUGCUGCUGCCGGGGCUGGUGGGAUUGCGGGCGCGGUCGGCGAUGCGUCGAUGGGCGGCGCGGAUGAUUACAGUGCGGAUCGGUCGCUUCCGGCUAUGAGUCCCGUUGCGCGGAAGGUCUACUCGCUGCUGCGGACGGAGCCGCAGAGCAACGAGGGCUUACAUUGUCAGUUGAUUGCGUCCAAGCUGGGCCUUCCUCCGGCGGAUGUGGCAAGGGCUGGGGAGGAGUUGCUUGGUACGGGUGUGAUCUUCUCGACGGUUGAUGAGCAGACGUGGGCUAUUCUUCAAUUGUAG